GCACGCUCAUACGGCGCUUCCGGGCCCCCGGUCCUGCAAGGCCGUCUGGGAGUUGUAGUUCAGACUCUUGCCCGAACUCCGAAGUCCAGCUGCGGCUAGGAGGUCAGAGGCCGUCCCCCGCCUUCGGUGCUUGGCUUGGAGGAUGGAUCCGGGGUCCGGGGCCGACGCGGCCCCGUUGGCUGGUUUGGCCUGGUCGUCGGCCUCGGGGCCCCCGCCGCGGGGGUUCAGUGCGAUCUCCUGCACUGUGGAGGGGGCGCCCGCCAGCUUCGGCAAGACUUUCGGGCAGAAAUCCGGCUACUUCCUGUGUCUCAAUCCUUUGGGCAGCCUAGAGAAUCCACAGGAGAACGUGGUGGUCGAUAUCCAGGUCCUGGUGGACAAGAGCCCCCUUCCGCCGGGAUUCUCCCCGGUCUGCGACCCCCUGGACUCCAAGGCCUCCGUGUCCAAGAAGAAACGCAUGUGUGUGAAGCUGGUGCCCUUGGGGGUCGCGGACACAGCUGUCUUUGACGUCCGGCUGAGUGGGAAAACCAAGACGGUGCCUGGAUACCUGCGAGUAGGGGACAUGGGGGGCUUCGCCAUCUGGUGCAAGAAGGCCAAGGCCCCGCGGCCAGUGCCUAAGCCCCGAGCUCUCAGCCGAGACAUGAGAGACCUCUCCCUGGACCCACCUGGCCAGCCCAGCAAGGGUGGCUUCCCGGAGCGGACGCUCUCGAGGCUGGGCUCUCGGGCGUCUACACUUCGGAGGAGCGACUCCAUCUACGAGGCCUCCAACCUCUACGGCAUCUCAGCCAUGGAUGGGGUUCCCUUCACGCUGCACCCCCGAUUCGAGGGCAAGAGCUGUGGUCCCCUGGUCUUCUCUGCCUUUGCUGAUCUGACCAUCAAGUCACUGGCGGACAUUGAGGAGGAGUACAACUACGGCUUCGUGGUGGAGAAGACGGCAGCUGCCCGCCUGCCCCCUAGCGUCUCUUAGCCCCUCACCGGCCCCAGGGAAGAGUCCCCUGCCUGACAGCUCCGGACCGGCAGCUGCCCACCGCAUUGAAUCUUGGGAGCUUUGGCGGCGCAAGGCAUUAUGGACCCUCAGCCACUCAGCGGAGCAGCAGCCCUGGAGGAGGGGCCGGGAGCGGUCUGCUUGGUGAUGGGUCUCCUGCCCUCCGGGCCGUGAUGGGCAAGGCAAGGGGUAGGGGGCUGGACGGAAACCAGUGCCUUCAAGUCAUUUGUGUCAAAAUUCGCUGGUGCCUGGAGGCCACGCGGGCGUCCUCCCUCCAGGAAAUAAAACACCACGCUGUCCGGGCCGUCUGUAGUCUCCA